CGAUAAACCCAGAAAAAAGUUACUGCCGCCACUUCGGACUUCAAUGUCCCUCCGCAAGAAGUCCGACAAGAUCUCCUCAACGCCUUGCGCCAAUGGACUUGCGAGUUUAAUGCUCAUGUAACAAGAACUUCGACAUUCUAGUUCUUCAUUUUUUCGUGACUCCAUCGUCUCCUUCGAAUAAACACGUUUGUGCGGGGUCUUCCUGCACUUUGUUCGGCGUUGAACAAAGCUUUCCAGGCAUCUUCGCAAAUCCUCAGCUGGAGAGAUAACUUCUCAAGCCACACUGUUCUGAAUCAGGCAUUGAAAUAUACCUCCUCCCUUUUAGACUGUCAGCAGAUUCUGCCUAGCUGGAACCGCACCACCAUGACGGAUUCCGAUCCCGUCGUCGCGUCCUACGACGUCUACCUUACAGAUUCUCAAAUAUCCCGCUUCGUCCUACAGUACCUCGACAGGCCCACGAACCGCGCAUACGAUGAACGCAACAAUCAGAAGCCCACUAUGAUGCGAUUGAAGCCCCAAACGGGUCUCGUCGAGGUCGACGUCCCCAUUGACACGAGGGUAAAUUACGACGUUGGCAAAGGACUACGAUACGGAGAUGCGCUGCGGAAAAGCCGCGUUACGAGGGAAGGGGGUGCAUAUGGAAUGGCUGGAGGUUUUCAGGCCGGAGGUGCCGUGGCCGGUGCGGGCAGCAGGGUUAAGAUUGAAGGAGGUGAUGCGGAGGCAGCGGAAUUAUUGGAUGAGAAGAAGGGCGAUGGCGGUGCUACUGUACUGCGCACGCAGACUCUAGGUGGAAGGAUUAAGCCUCCGGAGGAUGGUGAUCCUGUCUAUAUGCUGGGUGCUUUUCGAGGAAGUGACCUUCACCUUUCCCCGGUUUCUGCAGUGGUACAGUUACGUCCUCAGCUUCACCAUCUGGACGCUUCAGAGGAAGUUUCUUCGAAAGGAAGAGGGGCCAGAGCGAAGAAAGACAUUGAAGAAGAUACUCCGACGCGGUCAGCAGAGACUGAAGCGCGGGCUAUCGACGUGAAAGUCAAGUCAGCAGAGGGUGGAGAGGCCUUGAUUCCCGGUAACCUCGAUCUCCUCAAACGAAUGCAAGAUGAGCAAUGGACGAGAUAUGACUGGGUUGAUGCAGAGACUCAAGACGCAUGGGACAGAUAUGAGAGCUACAUGAUCCACCAACAGCCUGAAGAACUACCGCAACUGCACUCUGCUAUCAGCAGCGAAGACUAUCUAGACGGCAUGAGCGCUCCGCGAAUAGAUCCCGCCCAUCCGGAGCUGAGCGGUUGGGCAAUGAAGCAGAACCGACAGAAGCAGAAGGAAGUGGGAAGUGAUGUCGAGGAGGGAUGAUGGGAGAAUCCUUGUUUACAAAACAAUUCAUUUUGCAUCUUCAGCGCCUGGAACAGUUACAACCGGUGGCAAACCGUCUUUCAGCCUCUAUCAUACGGAAUUAGUUAAGUUAGCAAAGGCACAGAGUAGAAUCUAUGCAUUAAAUGCUUCACCGCCGGGAGAGUUGCCGCCAACCAACAUCCAGAGCAGAAAAGGCGGAAUAGACCUGGAACCCAUUGUGUGCAGGUCGCCACCUUGUUAGUCCAAAAGAACAUCCAUUCUGCCAGUGUCAGUGGAUCCGAUUGAGUCGCGCGAUAAUAAUAUAGGGCGAUCAAUUCCUUAACAAUAAUGAUUAUUCUUCCACUAGCAGUUCCAGUCUCUGUUGGCCAAUCAGACACGGUAA